AUGGCACCACGACACGUGAUUAUUACAAUGGUGUUAACAAUUGUUUUCACUAAUAGGGUGAUACCAAAAUUUUACAAAAAAUACCCCAAACAGGUUAUAUUAGUGUCAAUGGAUGGCUUCAGAUACGACUACCAUGAGAAAGCGAAUACACCCAACUUCGACGAAAUUGAACGGAACGGCGUAAAGGCGAAAUAUGUCAACAGUACGUUUACAACGAAAACACUUCCAUCACACUACAGCAUUGCGACAGGUUUAUACCAGGAAAGCCAUGGCAUAAUAGCAAACGACAUGUAUGACCCAGAAUUCAACGAUAUGUUUUCUAUAGAGUUAUUUCCGGACUCCAAAUGGUGGACCCAAGGAGAACCGAUCUGGAUUACAGCCCGGAAACAUGGACUGAAGACUGGAACCAUACAUUGGCCAGGAGGAUAUAUAGAAAUACAAGGAAUGCGUGCAAACAAAAUCCACAAAUACAAUAAAUCUGUGCCAUUUGAGCAUCGACUAGACAUAGCAAUCGAAAUGCUCGUAAAAGACAAUUUCAACUUUGUUGCCUUGUAUUUUCACGAACCAGAUAAUACAGGACAUAAAUUCGGUCCGCAGUCAAAAGAAUUGGUCAAAAUGGUUGAGGAAAUGGACUCACUUUUAGGGAAGCUACUUAAUAAGUUAGAAGACAAUGGACUUAAAGAUUCGGUUAAUUUAAUUGUUGCCAGUGACCAUGGAAUGACAGCUACAAAUUGGGAUAAUAAACUAAUUAAUAUUUAUGAUGUAGUACACCGAACAAUGAUUAUAACGACGUUAGAAAUUGGUCCUGUUAUGCAAUUGAUACCUGUAGAAGGGCAAGAGGAUGAAGUCGUCAACGCCAUCAACAAAAAUGCAAACUUAAGGGCCUACAAGAAAGAAGACAUACCGGAAGUAUGGCAUUACAAGAACAACCGUAGGGUCAUGCCAGUACUGAUAGUAGCGAACGAAGGCUGGACAAUUACAAACGACACAGAACUGUCCAGAAAAAUUGGAAGGAUUGGCGACCACGGAUAUGACAACAGCCUCAUUACAAUGCAGCCAAUAUUCUAUGCCAUGGGUCCAAAUUUCCACUCAGGAUUUUCCGCACCGCCCUUCAGGACAAUAGAUAUAUAUCCUAUGAUAUGUAAACUACUUGGUAUACCUCCAGCCCCAAACAACGGUACGCUGGACAAUACAAUCAGCUUCCUGUUGACUUCCCAUGAUGGUCCACAAAUUUGUAAUGGAUUAAAUUUGGAAGAAAAAAAUCGUUUUCCCUGA